UUCGAAACUAACACAUUAAGCGGAAAUGACGUUUUUUCGUCAACACUGAAAUUGUCACAAAUUGUCACCCCAUUUUUGUCGUCAAAACAAUUUGCAAUGGUAGAGAGAUUUAUUGUAGUGAACUUGGAUUUUAUUAAUUUUGAUCAUGGAAGUUGUCGAAGAUGAUAACGAUAAAAUAUCGCCUAAACGAUCAACAAGUCUCCGCCACGCUAGAACUGCCAGCGAUAUUCAAACAAGAAAAGAUUCCACUUCGAGUUCCAACGGUUUAAAGGCUGUAAACACAGUGACAGGUGCUCUACAGAAUUUGUUUAAGUGGUCUCCAUUAGCGAAAGAUAACAAGGCAAGAUCAUUUGAUUCUUUGAACAGGGCUUCAAGUCAUGAUUCUAUCAAUCUAAUUAGAAAGAACUCGGACAAAAUGGAGAAAAGAAGAAGCAGCGGUGCAUUGGCCAGCAAAUUGUCGACAGCUUCGCAGCCUAGUACCUCAAAAGAGGGUUCGCCCGAAAUCACGAGCGGUCGUUAUGACAACAAGGACACUAGUUCUGGGAUCACGUUCAAUGUGACAGAUAGUGACAUGAGUGGAGCCACAGGAAGUCCCGUUCGUGGCGGCACACCGUCCAGGAAGUCGACGGACAGUAGUGAUAGUCAGAAAGGGUUUGAGCAAAGUAUGGAUUUAGGCGAGAAGAGUUUUGAGACCUCGUUGAACAAUAUACUGAACAAAUACUCAGAAACAUCGCUUGACGUCACUACUGAUGGAAAGGAUGAUUCGAAAAAGAGCGACAGGAAGAAGAAGAGUACGCCCUGGUACACGAUAUUGAGUCCAACUUACAAGUCUCGCAGUGAAGAUUUUAAGAGACAAUUUAAAGAAAUACCUGCAGAUGAAAGACUUAUUUGUGAUUACUCAUGUGCUUUGCAGAAAGAGAUUCUAGUCCAUGGUAGAAUGUUUGUUACCCAGAACUGGAUCUGUUUCUAUGCCAACAUCUUCAGAUGGGAAACUAUUGUAACUAUACCAACCAAAGAUAUAUUAGCAAUAACGAAGGAGAAGACUGCAAGAGUUAUCCCCAAUGCCGUACAGAUUAGCACCGACAAGGAGAAAUAUUUCUUUACAUCAUUCACAGCUAGAGAUAAGACUUUCAUGAUGCUGUUUAGACUGUGGCAGAAUGCACUUAUGGAGCAGCCAAUGGUUCCCCAAGAGUUAUGGCAUUGGGUACACAAUUGCUAUGGUGAUGAACUUGGUUUGACCUCCAGUGAUGACGACUAUGUACAGCCUCCAAAUCUAGGGGAGGCCAAGGAUUCCCUCAGUAAAGAUGUCAGCUUGAUAAGCAAGGGGGAUUCCUCCGAGAUGCUUCCUACCUCAAGCAUGCAGAAUAAUAUAGAUGAAGAAGGAGACUCAACUCAGGCAGAUAUCAGUUUAGAUGAUUCAAAUUCUGUCCCUUUGAAAGGGCAAGCACUAGAUAAUCAAGACCCGACAGAUUAUAGUGACACUACUGAGGAUGAUGUUAGUGAGGGGGAGAUUGUAUGUACAGAGCACGACCAUUUCACAAAACUAGCACACAACGAGGUAUACACAAUACCGCUGGAAAAACUAUUUGAGCUCCUCUUUACCGACUCGGAAUUCUUCAGACAGUUUGUGGAAAAGGCUAGAAAGUAUUCAGAUGUUAUGGUGACACCAUGGAAAGAUGACCCUGACGAGAAUAUAGGUCGUGUGCGAGAGGUCAAAUACACCAUACCGAUAAAUGCUCCAUUUGGACCCAAGUCCUCGAACACUGUUGAAAAACAUAUGUGCUACAAGAGUAGCCAACCUGGUGUAAUGUACUUAAUUGAUGCUGAAUGUACACCUUUAGGAAUUCCAUAUGCGGACGCAUUUUAUGUUAUAAAUAGAUACUGCUUAACACGUGUUAGUAAAGAGAAGUGUAGGCUCCGUGUGACAAGUGAAGUGAAAUUCAGGAAAUCUGUUUGGGGAGUAGUCAAAAAUAUGAUAGAGAGAAACAGUGUACAAGGAGUCCUAGAUUAUUUCCAGUGUUUAGGUAUUCAUUUACGAAAAGAAUCUGAGAAGCAACAAAGUAUACCACGGUUAUCCUCGGCUUCUAAACGGAAAUUACGCAAGCGCCGUACUCAUGGAAUUCGAAGUGCCAACUCGGUUGUUGAUCAUCCGUCAACUGCACGACAACUUUCAAGAUCUCACCCAAAACAGGAAAAGCUGAUAGCCCCGCCUACUCCUGUUCGAAGUAAGAAUUGUUUUUCUGACCAACCAGCUGAAACUGGAUCUGUGCUGUCUCAGGCCAGCCUGCUGGAACCGGAUCUGUGCUGUCUCAGGCCAGCCUGCUGGAACCAGAUCUGUGCUAUCUCAGGCCAGUCUGCUAGAACCGGAUCUGUGCUGUCUCAGGCCAGCCUGCAGGAACCAGAUCUGUGCUAUCUCAGGCCAGCCUGCUGGAACUGGAUCUGUGCUGUCUCAGGCCAGCCUGCAGGAACCAGAUCUUUGCAACUAGUUCUCUUAGUUAUGUUUAAUGCCUUACUGUUCUACAAACUAUGGUCCCUGGAAACUGUGGCCAACGUUCUCUACCUGCCUAACUCACAAGAGGCUGUACAUAGUUUUGCUAAACAUCCUCCAAAGUCACAUGAGGAGUGGGUGGAGUUAUUACGGCAUCAACAGAUGUUACAUGACGCUGAGAUGAGUAAAUGGCAAGAUCUGCUUGGUGCCUCAAUAACAAUGGUGGAUCAGAUGAAACAGACUUUAAUAAGUUUAAAAGAUCAUAUAGAUGCUGGAGCUUUAAAGUAUAGUACUGAAAAAUUCUGUGAUAAGGAGGUCGACUCUUGCACUGGCUCCUAGCAGAGUUACCUUCUACAAGCUAGCUGAACAAAUUCUGUGAAAUGGAAAAACCAACUCUUGGCAGGCAGAGUUAUCUCUUCAAGUUAGCUGAACAAAGCCUGUUAUAAGGGAGACAACUCAUAACUGGCUCUUAGCAGAGUUAUGUCCACAUGCUAGCUGAACAAACCCUGUUAUAAGGGAGACAACUCAUGAAGCAGCUGGCAGCAGAGUUAUCUCCACAUGCUAGCCAAACAAACCCUGCGGUUACCAAAGAGAAUGAUGUGCAAUGACGUUCAGAGUCAAGUCUCAAAUUAGAAACUUGCAUUUCUGAACAAAGUAAUGAUCAAAAAAUAAAAAGAAUAAUAUUGUGCAAUGAAUUUCUGCUGGUGUAAAGUGUUGAUAUUCUAUUAGGAGCUAUGUCUCAAUGAUCAAGUGUGAUCACUAUAACUAUAUCUGUGGGUUAAAUGUGUGAUCAUCUUCCAAUAAAGGAUCAGUCAUGAGAAGGAAAAUGAUCAUAAGACUGUGUUUUGUAUUGUGAUGAUGAGGUUUAUAUCUGGUGGCCAAAUACGUGUGAUUAUGAUGCUUUAUAUAGAUUAUUUACAUUGUAAAGUGAUUAUUUUACAUCUUUGCUGGUAAAAUGUGAUUAUGAGAUAAAAUCUCAAAACAAAUGUGAUCACAGUAAAUAUUUUACAAUAAGCUUUUUCCUGUUUUUAGUUAGACCUUUCUAUAAUUGCAAAUGCUAAUGCAUUUAUAAGAAUACCUGUUACGAGUGUUAAGAAAUGAGAGGGAAAAUAUAAUUUAUGUUCUGUUUUGGAGUAAUUUAUGAAUAUAGCAUGAUUACAAUAUUCUUUUCUUUGUCCAUGUGUAGUGUUAUUAAUGCUCUCUAUUUUUGGUUUAACUCAAAGGUGAACAAAGAUGUUACAGAAUUUUGGCCUACUUGUAGUGAAAAAUAUGUUCUUUUUUGCUCCUGAAUUUUUGCUCUUUAAGAAUGUAGAUUAAAACACAACACACAUGUUGGCCCUAUUUUAGUACUUUAACAAACAUUUCCAAUUUUAAUCCAAUUCUAAUAGGGUUUUAAGAGAUUGCACAUUGUGGUCCUGCUUCUCUAGUACAUGUAUAAUCAAAGAUUUUACAGAUUUUGGCCCUGCUCUAGUCUUGUCAAAGACAUUACAGAUUUUCGCCCUGCUCUAGUGGUAUCAAAGACAUUAUAGAUUUUGAUAUUAAAACAUUACAGAUUUAUGUCCUUCAGUGUAAUUAAAGACAUCAGAGUUUUUCCUGACUCAAGUGUAAUGAUAGACAUGUCAUAUUUUUACCUACUGCUCUAAUGUAAGUAAAACAGUCAGAUUUUCACCUUACUUCAGUGUAAUAUAAGAGAUCCCAUCUGUUUUGUAAUUUAUGACAUUUUGUAAUUUGACCUCGCUGUUUUUAAAAGACAUUUAAUAUUUUUGCCAAUUUGUAGUGUAAUUGAAGACAAUGUCAGAUUUUUGUGUUACUUCUUUGUUAUAAAUGACAUUUUGUUCAUCAAAUUUUAGGCUAACUUUAGUGUAAUUUUAGGCAUAUUACAUUUUUAUCACACUGUAUUUAAAAAACGUUUCAUAUUUUGUUCCUACUCUAGUGUAAUACAAGACAUUAUUGGGUUUUUGUCGUAUUUCUUUGUAACAAAAAACAUUGUCAGAUUGUUGCCUAGCUCUUGUUCUAUUAAGAGACAUUACAUACUUUGACAACACUGUUACUACAGUAUUAAAGAAGACAUUUUAAAUGUUGAUGUUUCUCUAGUUAAUAUGACAUUAUUUAUUUUUAAUUUUCGUUCUAUUAUAGCACUAUCAUUCAAAAGUUAAAGAACAUUAUUUAGUUAUUUGCUCAAAAAUGUGUGCAUAUUCUUAAAAUGUGUAAGACAAAUAGAAUUUAAAUUAUGCAUCUUUAAAGGAAGGAUUAAUAUUGGGAUUUACUUAUAAUAAGAAAUAUGUAAAUAAUUCAUGCAUAGUUCGCAAGACUAUAUUCUUUAAAGUUAGGUAAAUUGACAUUUUAUUCUUCUGACUGAAUGCAACAAACUUACCAUGGUUUAUAUUUGGAAUCACCCUUCUUUUAAUUAGUAUAGAGAUUUUAAUAUUGAAAUAUGAAAAACUUUUUGUUUUGUUCUGUUGGUCUUAAUGGCAUACCAACACAAUUUAGGUCAUAUGGUGCUGAAACAGGAAAAGUGAUUGUCACUAACCUUGGUUGUUACAAACUUAAAGCAACACCAGGAGUCAAAACCACCUCACCAAAUAGAGCUAAGAGAUUGAUAGACAAGUUGCCUAUUAUGAUCAUGCAGGAAUUAAUGGUGGCUGCUAUUCUGAUGCUUAGAACCUUACAGGCAACCCCUCGGCCUCAAGGGGAAAUAUGAAAACUAAGCAGCCAAAAGAGUAAGUGAUGAAUAGCCUGGUCUACCUCUAUAAUCAUGAUAUGUAUAGCAAGUCUUAUUGCUGCUGGUAUUCACAGACUGUAAUGUCUCGAUGUUUUGUUAACAUUCUCCCAUAUUUUGACACCCAGAUAGAGUAGACCGUGUGAAAGGUGAAAGUAUGAUAUAAACCUACGUACUAUUAGAAAGGAAUCCUGUGCUCAAUGCCUACACAUUUCAUCCUCACCUUUACUUUAAUAAGAAAAUAUCAACUAAUUUCUUCAAGAAAUACUCGUAUGAUCUUAUUAAAGUUCAACAUAAUAUUUUUCAGUUUAGAAAUUGAAUGAUCGAUAUUGUGUACAUGAAUGCGUAGAUGUGUUUGUUUUGACUAAUACCCAAUCUCAUUAACAUCAGGUCAUUGUUUUCACUCUGUAACUCUUCGCUACCUAGCAAAGACUAGUGGAGUGACAGUUAGGAUAUGAUUUUAAUGAGAUUGACUAAAACCUUGAAGGUGUUUGAAAGUCAAAAUGAUUUAGAUUUCUGUGCCAAAUUUUCAGUAUAAUUUGACAACAAGAUUCCUUCUUGUUUCUUUGAAGGUUUUAACUAAGUGAAAAAUACUAGGGCAAUACUGAAUGUAUGAAAUAUAUCUCAUCGUUAUGAAUAUAUGAGCAAAUAUUUCAGUGUUAAUACAAUAAACAUUUACAACAAAUCAUUGUGCUAUAUCAUGUUACAUUUUCGACUUCAUUAGACUGUCUUUAGUUUUUAAUUUGCCUUUAGAAUUCCUGGUUGAAUGUAGUACAAUAAACAUUCAAUAUGAAUCAUUUCAAAUUCCUGGUUGAAUUGAGUUUCCUUUGUUUGAUUCUGUAUAUUGUUAUUAGAGAGAUUUGUUGAUAUGAAUAUCAUUUUAAUGAGAACUGUUGUUUAGUUUGAGAUAGUAUGAUUUUAAAAUAUAGUUUGAGACCAUUUAUGUAAUGAGAAAUCCAUGUCUAGAGACACUUCAUCUAGUACAUAUCACAACAUGAUGUCUUAUCAAACUGAGCUAUCCAUUACUAUUUCAUUUGGUUGUGUUAAUUUUACUUGGUAAUAUAUUGUUUUGUUUGAAUAAGCUAUGAAACUUCGAUACUGAAAAUCUUUGCCAUAAAAGUUGAUAUUUUCAAUAUAUUAUGUAAGUAUGAAAGCAUAAUUUAUUUUUUGUUACAGAGAUAGAAUUUAAGGUGGUAUUUUUCAGCCUUGCUGUGGCCAUUGCUGUUGCAGUAUCUGAUAGAAUUGUUACAAACUGCAUUAUCAUAGUGCAAUGUCUUAUCAGUGUCAUACAUUCCAUAUAAAAUUAUUUUAAUAUAUAGAGGAUAUUCAAGUUUUUUCUAUAAAUA